AAAUGGAAGACGAAAUCGCCGCCCUGGUCGUUGAUAACGGCUCCGGUAUGUGCAAGGCCGGGUUCGCCGGAGACGAUGCUCCUCGGGCCGUGUUCCCCUCCAUCGUGGGUCGCCCCAGACAUCAGGUAACGACUAAACUCCUCGUCUGUCAUCUAUUUACUGAAACAAACCCAACGUCUUUACAACUAUCCGCUAUACUGAAUGGUGAUCCUGUUACAUUGGAACUCCACUGGUAUUUUAACUUGAAUGUUUGUAGCCAUUUGACUUGGCGUUCAGAUUCACUAGAGACAAUCUGACUGCUUUGUAGUACACCAGUAUGAUUAUUAAUAGAAGAUUACAUUAUAUCAUUUAACAGGUUCUGUGUUGCUACGCCACGUCACUGGACCUGACCUGUUACGACUAAUCUACGACCAGUAAUGUUGUUGAUUUAGCCGUAGCAUUGUAACUGACCCCGUGUAUCUGUCUCCAAGGGAGUGAUGGUUGGGAUGGGCCAGAAGGACAGCUACGUGGGCGACGAGGCCCAGAGCAAGAGGGGUAUCCUGACCCUCAAGUACCCCAUUGAGCACGGCAUCGUCACCAACUGGGACGACAUGGAGAAGAUCUGGCAUCACACCUUCUACAACGAGCUGAGAGUGGCUCCGGAAGAGCACCCCGUCCUGCUCACUGAGGCCCCCCUCAACCCCAAAGCCAACAGGGAGAAGAUGACCCAGGUACAUCACUCACCACCUCUUUUACUGUUCAGUUCUGCCCGCUCUUCUCCUCUCCUCACUCUCCUCCUCUCCUUCAGGCCCUCUGUCCUCACAGCUGAUCUGUCACCUCUCUGGAAGCUGCAGGUCUCCUGUCGGUCUGUGUUCUGCCUCUCUGCACCCUGCUGGCUGCUCGCUAGGAAUGAUCUAGACUAACCCGUAGGACAGGACUGGAAUGAUCUAGACUAACCCGUAGGACAGGACUGGAAUGAUCUAGACUAACCCGUAGGACAGGACUGGAAUGAUCUAGACUAACCCGUAGGACAGGACUGGAAUGAUCUAGACUAACCCGUAGGACAGGACUGGAAUGAUCUAGACUAACCCGUAGGACAGGACUGGAAUGAUCUAGACUAACCCGUAGACAGGACUGGAAUGAUCUAGACUAACCCGUAGGACAGGACUGGAAUGAUCUAGACUAACCCGUAGGACAGGACUGGAAUGAUCUAGACUAACCCGUAGGACAGGACUGGAAUGAUCUAGACUAACCCGUAGGACAGGACAGGAAUGAUCUAGACUAACCCGUGAGGACAGGACUGGAAUGAUCUAGACUAACCGUAGGACAGGACUGGAAUGAUCUAGACUAACCGUAGGACAGGACUGGAAUGAUCUAGACUAACCCGUAGGACAGGACUGGAAUGAUCUAGACUAACCCGUAGGACAGGACUGGAAUGAUCUAGACUAACCCGUAGGACAGGACUGGAAUGAUCUAGACUAACCCGUAGGACAGGACUGGAAUGAUCUAGACUAACCCGUAGGACAGGACUGGAAUGAUCUAGACUAACCCGUAGGACAGGACUGGAAUGAUCUAGACUAACCCGUAGGACAGGACUGGAAUGAUCUAGACUAACCCAAUAGGACAGGACUGGAAUGAUCUAGACUAACCCAAUAGGACAGGACUGGAAUGAUCUAGACUAACCCAAUAGGACAGGACUGGAAUGAUCUAGACUAACCCAAUAGGACAGGACUGGAAUGAUCUAGACUAACCCGUAGGACAGGACAGGAAUGAUCUAGACUAACCCAAUAGGACAGGACUGGAAUGAUCUAGACUAACCCGUAGGACAGGACUGGAAUGAUCUAGACUAACCCAUAGGACAGGACUGGAAUGAUCUAGACUAACCCGUAGGACAGGACUGGAAUGAUCUAGACUAACCCGUAGGACAGGACUGGAAUGAUCUAGACUAACCCGUAGGACAGGACUGGAAUGAUCUAGACUAACCCGUAGGACAGGACUGGAAUGAUCUAGACUAACCCGUAGGACAGGACUGGAAUGAUCUAGACUAACCCGUAGGACAGGACUGGAAUGAUCUAGACUAACCCGUAGGACAGGACUGGAAUGAUCUAGACUAACCCGUAGGACAGGACAGGAAUGAUCUAGACUAACCCAAUAGGACAGGACUGGAAUGAUCUAGACUAACCCAAUAGGACAGGACUGGAAUGAUCUAGACUAACCCGUAGGACAGGACUGGAAUGAUCUAGACUAACCCAAUAGGACAGGACUGGAAUGAUCUAGACUAACCCGUAGGACAGGACUGGAAUGAUCUAGACUAACCCGUAGGACAGGACAGGACUGGAAUGAUCUAGACUAACCCGUAGGACAGGACUGGAAUGAUCUAGACUAACCCAAUAGGACAGGACUGGAAUGAUCUAGACUAACCCAAUAGGACAGGACUGGAAUGAUCUAGACUAACCCGUAGGACAGGACAGGAAUGAUCUAGACUAACCCGUAGGACAGGACUGGAAUGAUCUAGACUAACCCAAUAGGACUGCUGGGAAUGAGCUACUAUAGUGGUUUAUAUUGACAUUACAUCAUGUAGGAAUGACUUUCUGCACUGAGUUUCUCCCCUAACAACUGUUUCCCUCUGAUUCACUGGAAAGCAUGUUCUACUGCAAGCUGUGACUCCCCUCCCCUCUCCUCUACUGUACUCCUCCAGCCCUGUGACUCCCCUCUCCUCUACUGUACUCCUCCAGCCCCGUGACUCCCCUCUCCUCUACUGUACUCCUCCAGCCCCGUGACUCCCCUCUCCUCCCCUCUACUGUACUCCUCCAGCCCCGUGACUCCCCUCUCCUCUCCUCUACUGUACUCCUCCAGCCCCGUGACUCUCCUCUCCUCUCCUCUCCUGUACUCCCCAGCCCCGUGACUCUCCUCUCCUCUCCUGUACUCCUCCAGCCCCGUGACUCUCCUCUCCUCUCCUGUACUCCUCCAGCCCCGUGACUCCCCUCCCCUCCCCUCUCCUCUCCUCCUCCAGCCCCGUGACUCCCCUCUCCUCUACUGUACUCCUCCAGCCCUGUGACUCCCCUCUCCUCCCCUCUACUGUACUCCUCCAGCCCCGUGACUCCCCUCUCCUCUCCUCUCCUGUACUCCUCCAGCCCCGUGACUCCCCUCCCCUCCCCUCUCCUCUCCUCUCCUCCUCCAGCCCCGUGACUCCCCUCUCCUCUACUGUACUCCUCCAGCCCUGUGACUCCCCUCUCCUCCCCCUCUACUGUACUCCUCCAGCCCCGUGACUCCCCUCUCCUCUCCUCUCCUGUACUCCUCCAGCCCCGUGACUCCCCUCUCCUCUCCUGUACUCCUCCAGCCCGUGACUCCCCUCUCCUCUCCUCUACUGUACUCCUCCAGCCCCGUGACUCUCCUCUCCUGUACUCCUCCAGCCCCGUGACUCUCCUCUCCUCUCCUGUACUCCUCCAGCCCCGUGACUCCCCUCCCCUCUCCUCUCCUGUACUCCUCCAGCCCCGUGACUCUCCUCUCCUGUACUCCUCCAGCCCCGUGACUCUCCUCCCCUCUCCUCUCCUCUCCAGCCCUGUGACUCCCCUCUCCUCUACUGUACUCCUCCAGCCCCGUGACUUCCCCUCUCCUCCCCUCUACUGUACUCCUCCAGCCCCGUGACUCCCCUCUCCUCUCCUCUACUGUACUCCUCCAGCCCUGUGACUCCCCUCCCCUCUCCUCUACUGUACUCCUCCAGCCCCGUGACUCCCCUCUCCUCUCCUCUAACUGUACUCUCCAGCCCUGUGAACUUCCCCUCUCCUCUACUGUACUCCUCCAGCCCCGUGACUCCCCUCCCUCCCCUCUCCUCUACUGUACCUCCUCCAGCCCUGUGACUCCCCUCCCCUCCCCUCUCCUCUACUGUAACUCCUCCAGCCCGUGACUCCCCUCUCCUCUCCCUCCUGUACUCCUCCAGCCCCGUGACUCCCCUCCCCUCUCCUCUCCUGUACUCCUCCAGCCCCGUGACUCCCCUCCCCUCUCCUCUACUGUACUCCCCAGCCCCGUGAACUUCCCCUCCCCCCUCUCCUCCUCCAGCCGCCCGUGACUCCCCUCCCCUCCUCCUCCUCCAGCCCCGUGACUCCCCUCCCCCUCUCCUCCUCCAGCCCCGUGACUCCCCCCCUCCCCUAACUCCUCUACUGUACUCCUCCAGCCCCGUGACUCCCCUCUCCUCUCCUCUACUCCUCCAGCCCCGUGACUCCCUCUCCUCUCCUCUACUGUACUCCUCCAACCCUGUGACUCCCCUCUCCUCUACUGUACUCCUCAGCCCCGUGACUCCCCUCCCCUCUCCUCUACUGUACUCCUCCAGCCCCGUGACUCCCCUCUCCUCUCCUCUACUCCUCCAGCCCCGUGACUCCCCUCUCCUCUCCUCUCCCCUGUACUCCUCCAGCCCCCGUGACUCCCCACUCCCUCUACUGUACUCCCUCCAGCCCCGUGACUCCCCUCCCCUCUCCUCUCCUGUACUCCUCCAGCCCCGUGACUCCCCUCUCCUCUCCUCUCCUCUACUCCUCCAGCCCCGUGACUCUCCUCUCCUCUCCUCUACUCCUCCAGCCCCGUGACUCCCCUCUCCUCUACUGUACCCCCCUGACUCCCCUCUCCUCUCUCUACUGUACUCCUCCAGCCCCGUGACUCCCCUCUCCUCUACUGUACUCCUCCAGCCCCGUGACUCCCCUCUCCUUCCCUCUACUGUACUCCUCCAGCCCCGUGACCCCCUCUCCUCUCCUCUACUGUACUCCUCCAGCCCCGUGACUCCCCUCUCCUCUCCUCUACUGUACUCCUCCAGCCCCGUGACUCCCCUCUCCUCUCCUCUACUGUACUCCUCCAGCCCCGUGACUCCCCUCUCCUCUACUGUACUCCUCCAUCCCCGUGACUCCCCCCUCUCCUCUACUGUACUCCUCCAGCCCCGUGACUCCCCUCCCCUCAUCCUCUACUGUACUCCUCCAGCCCCGUGACUCCCCUCUCCUCUCCUCUCCUCUACUCCUCCAGCCCCGUGACUCCCCUCCUCCUCUCCUCUACUGUACUCCUCCAGCCCGUGACUCCCCUCUCCUCCUACUGUACUCCUCCAGCCCCGUGACUCCCCUCUCCUCUACUGUACUCCUCCAGCCCCGUGACUCCCCUCUCCUCUACUGUACUCCUCCAGCCCUGUGACUCCCCUCUCCUCUACUGUACUCCUCCAGCCCCGUGACUCCCCUCUCCUCUACUGUACUCCUCCAGCCCCGUGACUCCCCUCUCCUCUCCUCUACUGUACUCCUCCCCAGCCCCGUGACUCCCUCUCCUCUCCUCUACUGUACUCCUCCAGCCCCGUGACUCCCCUCUCCUCUCCUCUCCUCUACUGUACUCCUCCAGCCCCGUGACUCCCCUCUCCUCUCCUCUACUGUACUCCUCCAGCCCCGUGACUCCCCUCCCCCUCCCCUCUCCUCUACUGUACUCCUCCAGCCCCCGUGACUCCCCUCCCCCCUCCCCUCUCCUGUACUCCUCCAGCCCUGUGACUCCCCUCUCCUCUCCUCUCCUCUACUCCUCCAGCCCUGUGACUCCCCUCUCCUCUACUGUACUCCUCCAGCCCUGUGACUCCCUCUCCUCUCUCUCCUCUCUACUCCUCCAGCCCUGUGACUCUCCUCUCCUCUACUGUACUCCUCCAGCCCCGUGACUCCCCUCCCCUCCCCUCUCCUCUACUGUACUCCUCCAGCCCCGUGACUCUCCUCUCCUCUACUGUACUCCUCCAGCCCCGUGACUCUCCUCUCCUCUACUGUACUCCUCCAGCCCCGUGACUCUCCUCUCCUCUCCUGUACUCCUCCAGCCCCGUGACUCCCCUCCCCUCUACUGUACUCCUCCAGCCCUGUGACUCCCCUCUCCUCUCCUCUCCUCUACUCCUCCAGCCCUGUGACUCUCCUCUCCUCUACUGUACUCCUCCAGCCCCGUGACUCCCCUCCCCUCCCCUCUCCUCUACUGUACUCCUCCAGCCCCGUGACUCUCCUCUCCCUACUGUACUCCUCCAGCCCCGUGACUCUCCUCUCCUCUACUGUACUCCUCCAGCCCCGUGACUCCCCUCCCCUCUACUGUACUCCUCCAGCCCCGUGACUCCCCUCUCCUCUACUCCUCCAGCCCCGUGACUCCCCUCUACUGUACUCCUCCAGCCCCGUGACUCCCCUCUACUGUACUCCUCCAGCCCCGUGACUCCCCUCUACUGUACUCCUCCACCCCGUGACUCCCCUCUCCUGUACUCCUCCAGCCCCGUGACUCCCCUCUACUGUACUCCUCCAGCCCCGUGACUCUCCUCUCCUCUCCACUACUCCUCCAGCCCCGUGACUCUCCUCUCCUCUCCACUACUCCUCCAGCCCCGUGACUCCCCUCUCCUGUACUCCUCCAGCCCCGUGACUCCCCUCCCCUCUCCUGUACUCCUCCAGCCCCGUGACUCUCCUCUCCUCUCCUCUCCAGAUCAUGUUUGAGACCUUCAACACUCCCGCCAUGUACGUGGCCAUCCAGGCCGUGCUCUCCCUGUACGCCUCCGGCCGUACCACCGGUAUCGUCAUGGACUCCGGCGACGGCGUGACCCACACGGUGCCCAUCUACGAGGGCUACGCCCUGCCCCACGCCAUCCUGCGUCUGGACCUGGCCGGACGCGACCUCACGGACUACCUCAUGAAGAUCCUGACGGAGCGAGGCUACAGCUUCACCACCACGGCCGAGAGGGAGAUCGUGCGCGACAUCAAGGAGAAGCUGUGCUACGUGGCGCUGGACUUCGAGCAGGAGAUGGGCACCGCCGCCUCCUCCUCCUCUCUGGAGAAGAGCUACGAGCUGCCCGACGGACAGGUCAUCACCAUCGGCAACGAGAGGUUCCGCUGCCCAGAGGCCCUCUUCCAGCCAUCCUUCCUCGGUGAGUCUCUUAACCAACCUCCUCCUGUGGAACAGCUGGUCCGUGUCAGUCUGGCCUGUCUGGCAGCCGUGUUGCGUUUGCGAGCCCCGUCGUGACGGCCGUGUUGUCUCCUCUCUCUCUCUCUAGGUAUGGAGUCUUGCGGCAUCCAUGAGACGACCUUCAACUCCAUCAUGAAGUGCGACGUUGACAUCCGUAAGGACCUGUACGCCAACACGGUGCUCUCUGGAGGAACCACCAUGUACCCCGGCAUCGCUGACCGGAUGCAGAAGGAGAUCACCUCUCUGGCCCCCUCCACCAUGAAGAUC